AUGGAAGAUGUUGGGCAGCCACCUGGCUCUGCUCGCUACACUAAGUGUCGCGCCGCUGCUGCUUGGCGCUGCACAGCUGCGUUGCACCACUUUGGCUGGGAGCAUGCCCAGGAGCUGGCGAUUGGCGUCUAUGCCCCCGUCACGUCGAACCACCAGGGCUUCAUUGCAAUGGCAGUGAGCUUCGACCUGGACUUGCGCAAGAACUUCGAGCCGGCGCUGGUGACGCGAUUUGGGCCACCCAUCAUCACCAUUCCGGAUCUGCAUCCCGACAUCGCCAACGUGACGAUGCGCAUCGGCACGAGCCACUCGCAGCCAGACGUCGGCGUCGAAACCGCCUUGGACUUCAUGCUCGGCUUAGAUGGCGGGACGCCGGUUUCAGCUCUGGUGGGGGGCAUCUUCUCCUCCAUCGCGAUGCCGGUUGCCAGCGUUUCGGCUGUGCGGAAAGUCCCGCAAAUUGCUUACGGCGCAUCAAGUCCGGCAUUGUCCAACAAGGACACGUACCCCUACUUCCUGCGAACGGCGCCACCGGACUCUAUCCAGGCCCAGGCGUUCUGGAGCUGGAUCGUGACUUUUCAGGCCAGGUGUCGGUGGCUUGAAGUGUUGUUCACUUCUGCUUUCUGUUCCUGCGACGCAGUACCUUACCACUCAUAG